ACGCCCUCUCCAGGCCAGGCUCCCGCGCCCUAUUUGGUCUUUGGGGCGGGGGGCAGGCGGUGGGAGGCGAGGCGUGCGCGGCGGAAGGGGACACGGGGCGGGCUCGGGUGCGCCAAGGCACAGCUCUAACUAGCGCAGCCGCCACCUCCUCGGGAACCCACGAGGCCUCCGCGUCCUGCCUCGGAACAAUGGGACUUGGCUCGCGAGGUAUCUUGGCUGUGCUGGCCCUGGGGGUCGUGGUGGGGGUAGCGCUGCUGAAGAUCAUCGCCGACAGCACAGACCCGGAGGGAUCUCCAGGUAAGAAGAAUCCUAUGUCUGUGGAAGACUCCAAUGAUAACCCAGUAGCCCCACAGGUGCUUUUCAGCCACACAAGUGAAUCUUCCAACUUCAAUGUGAAAACAUCAAAAACUCCGGUUUCCCCAGUCUCAAAGAUGACAGCUACCACCUCAAAACCCAUAGCAAAACCAUCAACAACUGCAGUUGCCUCAGUCUCAAAUAACGGGACAGCCACUACCUUGAAAACCAUAGCAAAACCGUCAACAGUUCUACUUGCUUCAGUCUCAAAUAAUGGGACAGCCACCACCUCAAAACCCAUAGCAACAUCUAAAAUGAUAACACCAGAGGUCUCAACAAAUAUGACUUCCACCACCUUAAGGUCUACACUCAAAAUAACAAGUGUUUCGCAAAAUACAUCCCAAAUAUCAACAUCCACAAUGACUACAACCCACAAUAGUUCGGUGACGUCUCUUUCUUCAUCAGUAACAAUCACAGCAACUAUUAUUUCUAAGGAAAAUAAAGGAUCAAAAUUUGAUACUGGCAGCUUUGUUGGUGGUAUUGUAUUAACACUGGGAGUUUUAUCUUUUCUUUACAUUGGAUGCAAAAUGUAUUAUUCAAGAAGAGGAAUUCGGUAUAGAACCAUCGAUGAACAUGAUGCCAUCAUUUAAGAGACUCUAAGGAUCAAUGGAAAGAAGAUUGAUACAACCCUAUCAAUUAAUUUUGAUUUAUUAUUACUUUAGAACAAUAUUCUCUUCUUGAAAAUAGCAUAAACAAGCCAUGAAUAUAAUAUACAAUGUAUUAUAUAAAUAUGUAAAGAUUCCUCAUGAUUGUUAAAUGUAAAAAGGGUUUGAUUUGGGUUUUUUAAUGAACACAUGUAGCAUACAGUUAAUGCAAUGGUUAUAAUAUUCACUUUUAGAAAAUAUAUAGUAAGACAGGUCAUCCCAUUUUUUUGUGUCAUUGGUCGCAUAGGGCCAGUAAUUGGAAAACAUCAUCAGUGGAGGGUAUGAUGCCAUGUGUUCAUACAAAUAAGGAGCUUGUCUCAGCACUCAGAAUUUUGAUGUCUUUGUUGGUCACACAAAGAACCUCAGUGCUGUUAAGAGCUGGAUAUAUCCUAAUUACCAUUGCCACACAGCAGAAAUUAUAUGAAUAAGCCAAGUCUUAAGCAUAAUUUUAGUUAAAGUGUCUCUUCAGAAAGCAUCCAUAUUUCAUAUGUUUAAACCUUAGUUAUUUGGUUUAGAAACAAAAUGCAUGCCCUCCCCCACCAAAAAAAAGAUAAAACCAGAAACAA